GAUAUGUCCUCUUUUCAGAUUCUACUGCUUUUGUGAAAGAAGAGAACCAAGAAGUGUCAAAGACUACCAAUGACGACCUCCGUAUUGCGGUUGAUCAUCUUCGCAAAUGAUUUGGCGAAGCAGUCCAAAAUCGUCUUACAACUUAAGUACAUAUAUUCUCUCUCCACGUAUCUGCUCACGUCCUGUUAGCCUUAGCAAAACAUACAAGGGACACUUGCGUGAAUUAGGGUCGACUGGGAGCGGCCUUAUAUCAGGAGACCUGUCUGAUGAUCAAUUCAAUAGUCCCAAUGAAUGUGUUCGGGCAAAGUUCCGUUGGUGGGACAGCCUGAAUGCAUUCUGGAAGUCCUCUCCAAAGUAUAAUGCCAAACCGGUGACUGCUGCACACAGUCAAGAUCUUGCUACUCAGGCCACAAUAAUCCUGUUCUCAAUGAGAGGUGACAAUGGGGCGAUGGAACGUGGCAUGAACCACCAUCUUCAAGAAGGAGGGUGGGACAUGAUGAAUGAUGAUUCAGGUUAUGGGGUUGACGGUAAUCAGGUGGCGGCAACAUAUAGUAGGGAUAACUACCAGCAGCAGCAGCAACAGCACUACGAUGUCCCUCAGCACGGGAGCAUGUCUCAGCACAUGUUUUCUAGGUCCAAUCCGUCACUUUCUCAUCUGCCGCCUAUUCCCCAGCAGCCACAGCAUGGUGGUAACAUAGGCCCCUACAUGUCCUCCCUUUAUCACAAUCCUCGAGGCACUGACCUGUCACUAGUCUCACCAUCAACAGUAACGGUUCGGACAAUCUGAUUGGCUCUCGUCACGCUGUAUCUUGUGUUUCAUCCAUGGUAUCAAUCCCAUCUAUUUCCGGCCACAUGCGCCAACUGGAGCAAC